AGUGAGACUUUUAUGUACUCAGGACUGGCAGGGGCCUCGACCAAUAACAUUGAUUCCUUGGCCUGAGGGUGGUUCAGCUCUAGCACACAGGAAAACACACUUUCCCAGAAACAGAACUUGCUUUAUCUGAGCCUCUGUGACCUACAGGCAUGCUAGAUUUUACCCCUUUCCUCUCUGCAGUAGCACUUUGCAGGCCUUGCAACUAACUAGCUAACUGGCACUAGGACUACAGCCAGGAAGUUGUGGAGGGCACUGAUUUGUAGCCUUCAGCCCCUCCUGUACCUCCUGAGAUACCUGUCAUUAGAGCCACAUGACCAGGAGCCCCCAGUGAACCUCUCUCUCCUGUUCUGCGCAGAGACGGAAGUGCAGGCUUCUCGCAAUCGUGAGGAGGGGUGUUUGGAAAAGAGCUGCCUUCAAAGUGGACCAGGCUCACAGCUCACCUACAUGGUGUUUUAGGUUCAGAGGAUGGCCAGCAGCUCUGAAGUCUGGAUUGGCAGUGCUUAUUUAUUCCUUCAGUCUAAGAAGAUUGUUCUGCCCUCUCUUUAUGGAAGCUCCCAACAGAAACCCAAGGUGUUCCACGCCCUCAAGUUGGCAUUAGCAGAUUCCACAGGCAGCAUGAAUGGGGUUGAUGUGCUCAAAGUGCACUGCAGUGACCCACACUUGAUUGUCCAGCUCAAAUUCUGCAAGGAAGAGAACUGCCGUAAAUUCCUUCAGAGUUACCGAGAGGGAGCGCUCCAGAAGUCUCUCCAGAAUCACCUCCAACUCACCCUGUCAAUGCCCACCAUAUCUGUUGAAACAGAUCUGAAGACUGGAAGUGAGCAUCUCGACAGAAUGCUGAAUGAAGUGGAGCACUGCUUAGCCUGUAUCUACAAAGAAAAGCCUGACCGCCUGAGGGAUGAGGAAAUUGCAGAGCUGGAGAAAUCUCUCAGGAGCCUGACUUGUCGACAGGAGAACAAUGUGGUUGUUGCAAAGAAAAGCAACUCUUUGAACUCCUCAUCUUUGCCUUAUUCUUCUGGGGCAAGCUCUCUACCCCAAGGAACCACUUUUAUCUUUCAAGGACAGCACUUUGCCAACAGAACGCUCACACGGGAUGACCAUCAAAAAUUUGCCAAGCUCGUUUCAAAGAAGUGGAAGCAAGUGGGUCGGUCUCUGCAGAAGAACUGCCGGGCUCUUCGGGAUCCUGUGAUUGACAACUUGGCCCUUGAAUAUGACCGCGAGGGACUGUAUGAACAAGCAUAUCAGCUGCUUCUCAAGUUUAUCCAGUCUGAGGGGAAAAGAGCCACAUUACAGAGACUGAUAGCAGCCCUGGAGGAAAACAGUCUCAUACACUUAGCAGAGGAACUGCUGGGCCUCCACCACAGUGACAACGACACAUCAUAGAACAAAAAGGAAGGCGCUUCCCCUGGGCGGUGGUCAUAUGUUCUAAUCUGGAACUUGUCCUAUUUCCGAUAGUUUACAAGACUGUUGCCGGAGGCCCAGGAAUGUAGAGCCCUAUUAACCAGCCUGGUAUCCACUUCAGCCCAGAGUAUAAGCUUGUGCAUUCACAAAAGCCAGGCUGGUGUACUCAGUUAAGACAGUGUUGAUACUGAUCCUCUCUCUCUGCUGGCACAAGUCAGGGCUGUUAUCUUCCAGUAGAAUGGUGCAAAUGGUUUCAAAACAGACUUCCACAUGCUACCCUCUAGUAUGCCAAAGAGGAACUUUGUUCCACUACUGAGCAUUUUAAAGAGCCAUCAGGGUCUUUGAAAAUUGUUUGGGAAACAUUCUAUACCAGGUGGUGCUUGACUUCCAGCCUGUGGGCCAGCUCUGGCCCCCAGCACUGUGUCAGCUAGCGCAUGGGGCUCCCCAUGGAUCCAAAAGUUUUGCAGUGGGGGAGCA